CUACUGGAGCUUCUUCUACAACUUCUGGGACUGGUUUUUCUCUGACAUUUCCGGCGCCCACUUAUUCAGCUUCAACUUCUAGUGAUGUUGCUCCAUCUAUAAGUUUUUUGUUGUCUGACAAAACAUCUGCACCAGAUUCAUCCUCGCAAUCUCAAUCAACUGCAGAUAUGCCAAGCUUUGCUGGAUAUAUCAACGAAAUAUUGAUAAUAGAAUGGGUGAGGCUGAGAAUGAAGAUGCGGAUGAUGCUAGCUUACACAAGGAGAGAGAUGACAAUCAUUGGAGUGACAGCAACGGAUAGCUGUGGUAAAUUGCUUUAAGCCUUUGGCGCCCCAAUUCAAUUUGUUGAGAAGGUCAUCACUGCUGAAGCACUAACAAUUCAUGAAGCGUUGAGAAUAGCUAUGGAAAAUGGAUGGACGAGAGUGCAAGUCUUGUCAGAUGCAAAGAACGUGGUGGAUAUGAGACUAAAAAGAAGUGUCGUAUCUUGAGAGAUAGAAAUAACCUGCGAGGAUAUUUGAAAGUUGAUGGAUUUCUUUGAAGAUGUAGAUGUUGUGCAUAUUCCUAGAUCCUGGAACAUAAUAGCACAUAAUUUAGCUAAGUUUUUCACUUCGUUACUACAAAAACACUGUUUGAUUUGCUAAUUUUCCUAGUUGAAUUAUAAAUAAUGCUAUAGCAUCCUUUUAACUUGUUGAGACUUUGACUUAAUAUAACAAGUAUGUUGGAUGUCAAAAAAAACAAGAAACUAUUGGGAUUGGUAUCUUUUGACAAUUUAAAUGGAUGAAAAUAUUGUUACUUAUUUA